AUAUUAGGUGUGAAGGAGGAGAGACGUCCAUUUGGUCCGCUGCAAAUAUCCCCGGAGGUUGCUGUAGGCGCGCACUUUCCCUCUUCAGUUCCCUCGCCGGAAAGGUCGUCCUUUACCCCGCCAGAUGGGUGACUACGCGAUCAGCUUCAUCAAGGAUUUUCUGGCCGGCGGGAUUGCCGCUGCCAUUUCCAAGACGGCAGUGGCACCCAUCGAGAGGGUGAAAUUGCUGUUGCAGGUCCAACAUGCCAGCAAACAGAUUACAGCAGAAAUGCAGUACAAGGGAAUCAUAGACUGUGUGGUCCGUAUUCCCAAAGAACAGGGAUUUAUAUCAUUUUGGCGUGGGAACUUGGCCAACGUUAUCAGGUACUUCCCAACUCAGGCUCUCAACUUCGCCUUCAAGGACAAGUACAAGCAGAUCUUCCUCGGGGGCGUCGAUAAGAAGACCCAGUUCUGGCGUUACUUCGCCGGGAACCUGGCGUCGGGCGGAGCCGCCGGAGCCACCUCGCUCUGUUUCGUCUACCCGCUGGACUUCGCCCGAACGCGGCUGGCAGCCGAUGUGGGCAAGGCCCUGAACGAGAGAGAGUUCACUGGCCUGGCCAGUUGCAUCACUAAAAUCUUUAAGUCGGAUGGCAUCAGGGGCCUCUACCAGGGAUUCAACGUCUCGGUCCAAGGCAUCAUCAUCUAUCGAGCUGCCUACUUUGGCAUCUACGACACAGCGAAAGGUAUGAUGCCGGAUCCCAAGAACGUGCACAUUCUGAUCAGUUGGAUGAUCGCCCAGACUGUGACAGCGGUGGCAGGCCUGGUGUCUUAUCCGUUUGACACUGUCCGCCGGCGCAUGAUGAUGCAGUCAGGUCGUAAGAGUGCUGAUAUUAUGUAUUCGGGCACAAUUGACUGCUGGAAGAAAAUUUUAAAAGAUGAAGGAGGUAAAGCUUUCUUCAAAGGUGCCUGGUCGAAUGUAUUGAGAGGAAUGGGUGGUGCUUUUGUACUGGUACUGUACGAUGAAAUCAAGAAAUUUGCCUAAGGUCCAACUCCUUCCCACCACUGAAAAUUACACAAAGUUAGAAAACUGUAAUUUAUUGUAGCAGGAACAAUGGUUUUUAAUAAUCAUGACUGUACUUUUGAGGAUUCAGAUAUCUGAACAAAAACAGUUGCAGGUUGGGGAGUCAGAAUGAAUGUGAAAGGGAUUUAUGCAUUAAUAAAAAGUCAAGGUGAGCCUUUGGGUUUGUUAUCCAUGUAUUAAAUUCCAUAGCCUAAUCCCCGUGCAAACUGUACAUAUUUUACUUAUGGCUUUACCAGUUUUUUUUGUGGGUGGUGAUGAAUUUCUGUAUUUAAUACAUGUACUCCAGGAAUGGUUAUAUUCUAAUUACUACAGAUGAGCACAUUGUUUAGAAUUGAUCCUAGCCAAACAAAUGUAUUUAUGGUCCUAAUUAAAUCAAAUGUAUUUAUUAAGACUGCCUAAUGUAUACAAUUUUCAAUAAAACUUCCUGUUUUGAAUUGA